GGCAUGGCUGGUGGCAGCUCGGGGGACCUCUCAUUGGAGGUGACACCUACAUGGGCAGUGGCGCUCGUUUGCGCAAUUAUGGUGAUCAUCUCAGUGAUGAUAGAGCAUGGGAUCCACAAACUUGGGAAGUGGUUUCAGACGCGUCAGAAGAAAGCUAUGAAUGAAGCAUUGGAGAAAAUUAAAGCUGAGUUGAUGCUACUAGGCUUCAUAUCUUUACUUCUUACAAUUGGACAAACAACAAUAUCUAAAAUAUGUAUCCCUGCAAAAGCUGGAGAUAUUAUGCUCCCAUGCAAGAAAGCACAUGAUGUAGAAAAGGAGGAUAGCGAUAGUCAAAGAAGAUUACUAUGGCACCAAGAAAAAGUAGUUUGGCAUCGUAUUUUAGCUGGAUCAACAGUAGAUAAUUGCUCCAAGUAUAAGGACAAAGUGCCAUUGAUCUCACAAUCUGGAAUUCACCAAUUGCAUAUAUUUAUAUUCGUGCUUGCUGUUUUUCAUGUCCUAUACAGUGUCCUCACUAUGGCUUUAGGCAAAGCAAAAAUGAAAAAGUGGAAAACUUGGGAGGCUGAGACUGCAUCACUAGAAUAUCAAUUUUCAAAUGAUCCCUCAAGAUUCAGGUUUACUCACCAAACAUCCUUCGUAAAGCGACAUGUGGGCCUUUCAAGUACUCCUGGCAUUAGAUGGAUAGUGGCAUUUUUUAGGCAGUUCUUUAGAUCGGUAACAAAGGUGGACUACUUGACCAUGCGCCAUGGUUUUAUCAACGCUCAUUUAUCUCCAAAUAGCAAGUUUGACUUCCAUAAGUACAUAAAGAGAUCGUUAGAAGAUGAUUUCAAAGUUGUUGUUGGCAUCAGCUUUCCAUUAUGGUUCCUGGCAAUCGUCAUGCUACUACUUGAUGUUUAUGGAUGGUAUACACUCGUUUGGAUUUCUUUCGUGCCUCUCAUAAUCCUCUUGAUAGUUGGCAUGAAGUUAGAAAUUGUUAUUAUGGAGAUGGCUCAUGAAAUUCAAAAUCGAACCAGUGUGGUUAAAGGAGCACCCAUUAUAGAACCAAGUAACAAAUUCUUUUGGUUCAAUCGGCCUCAAUGGAUCCUUUUUCUGAUACAUCUAACUUUAUUUGAGAAUGCAUUCCAAAUGGCACACUUUUUAUGGUCAGUGUAUUCAUUUGGUUUAAAGUCAUGCAUUCAUGAGAACUUGGCAUUUACAGUAGCGAAGGUCAUAAUGGGACUGGCUCUUCAAUUUUUGUGUAGUUAUAUCACAUUCCCGCUUUAUGCAUUGGUGACACAAAUGGGAUCACAUAUGAAAAAAGCAAUUUUUGAAGAACAAACAGCAAAAGCUCUUAUCAGGUGGAGACGAGCAGCUAAAGAAAGAAAGAAGCUUAGAGGUGCAAACUCAGAUGCCGGAUAUAUGAGUGGAGAAAAUACACCUAGUCGAGGAUCAUCGCCCAUGCAUUUGCUCCACAAAUACAAGUUAAACUCAGUAGAUGUAGAAAGUGUCCCAAGUUCACCAAGGUUUUACCAUUCAGAUUAUGAAAACUCUGAAAUGGAAGCCCCUCCAUUUGUUAAUCAUGGGUAUUCAGAGCCAAGGAGACCUAUCACUAUGGGUAAAAAUCCAGAUGCUGGCAAUAGUGAUUUCUCUUUUGGUGCACCGCAAUAAUUGAUCAUCCUUUCUGUUAGACAUCAA